GUGAAACUGCUUUGUGCGGAGCUGUCCACUCCAGUGGAGGUGCUGAAACGAGGAUACCACGUCAACAGACAGCUGACAUAUUCAGAAAGGAAUGCACAAACUGGGCUGCUAACUUCGUCAAAGGAUUGCCACUCCGAGGACGUUGGUUUACCAAAAACGGGAUUGGAUUUACUUUGUAUUAUCAGUAAACAUUGUUUCUCUAAAAGUAAAGCUCGUAUUUUAAAACCUCACUCGGGGAAUACCUUUCUGGAUCACUUGUAAUUGGACACGCAGGGGGGUACUCAUGAGAGACUCAAAGAGAUGGUGGGCAGCUGUCCUGCUCUGGGGGUCAGCUCUGAUGGUCCAGGCACAUCCUGGCAAGGAAGGUUUUACCCCGCUGGCUUAUCGACCUCUCGUCCGAUUCCGUCACAAGCAGGAUGGGAUCACGGAGAGUUUACGAAUGAAGGGGUUCUUUAGUCAAAAUGGCUUCUCUGGACCCUGUGAACAUAAGUACUGUGGUUUGGGGAAGCACUGUGUGGUUGACAGAGAAACGGGUGAAGGAGAGUGCCAGUGUCUGGAGCGCUGCAAACCACAUUACAAACUUGUGUGCGGAUCUGAUGGCAAACUCUACCAGAACCACUGUGAACUUCACAGAGCCUCCUGCAUGGCCCAUCAGAGAAUAACCAUCAUGCACAGUGAGGAAUGUUUCUACAAAGAUGAUAACUGUCGUCUGGGAGAUUAUAAAAAACUGAAGACCAAGAUGAUGGACUUACACGCUCAGAGGUACUUGACCCCCAGUAACCAUGGCAGCCAUGAGAAAGAUAUGGCCACAAGGAAGCGUUUGGUAGAUAUGAUGUUCAAGCGAUUUGAUGCAGACGUCAAUGGAAGAGUUGACAGCAGUGAGCUCUCACAGGUCAGCAAGCAGGAAGGUUUGAGUAGGACAGCAUCACAGUGCAAUUUGUUUGACCUGUUCAAAUACAACGAUGUCAACAAUGAUGAACACCUAACUAAAGACGAGUUCUACGCAGCUUUUGAGGUCUAUGAGCUCAGCCUUCCUGAAGACCAGAAGCUCAGCGUCACCACUGUAACAGUGGGUCAGAGCGCCGUACUCACAUGUUCCAUCACGGGUGGCCAGCGUCCGCCAAUCAUCUGGAGACGUAACAACCAUGCCCUCAACAUGCUGGAGCUAGAGGACAUUAACGAUUUUGGAGAUGAUGGAUCCCUAUACAUAACCAAGGUCACUACCACACACAUGGGCAACUAUACCUGCCAUGCAGACGGCUACGAGCAGCUUUUCCAGAUGCAUACCCUAAAGGUUAAUGUGCCUCCAGUUAUCCGGGUUUACCCAGAAAGUCAGGCACGUGAGCCAGGGGUCACAGCCAGUCUGCGGUGUUAUGCUGAAGGCAUUCCUGACCCACAGCUCUCAUGGCUGAAGAAUGGAAUGGACAUCACCACAAAACUCUCAAAACAACUCACACUUCAGGCUAAUGGAAGUGAGGUGCACAUAAGUAAUGUUCACUUUGAAGACACCGGGGCCUACACCUGCAUCGCCCGUAAUGAGGCAGGUGUGGACGAGGAUAUCUCUUCUCUGUUUGUGGAGGACUCAGCUCGGAAAACACUGGCAAACAUACUCUGGAGAGAGGAAGGUCUGGGGGUUGGAAACAUGUUCUAUGUGUUUUAUGAGGAUGGUAUUAAAGUUAUCCAGCCAGUGGCUUGUGAGAUUCAGAGACACAUCAAACCCAGCGAGAAGCUUCUUGGCCUGCAGGAGGAGGUAUGUCCUCAAGUGGAAGGGGAGAAGGAUCUGAAAUGUUUGUGGACAUCAGCGGUCAACGUGAAGGACAAGUUCAUUUACGCCACUCAACCUUUGCUGAACAGGUUGCUCAUUGUUGACAUCCAGUCACAGAAGGCUGUUCAGACUGUAAGUACGGACCGGGUUCCAGUGAAGCUGCACUAUGACAAAUCUCAUGACCAGGUGUGGAUUCUGAGCUGGGGAGAUCUUGAGAAAAACUUUCCAACCCUCCAGGUGAUCAGCCAGGCCAGUGGAAGUACAUCUCACCAUACCAUCCACACCCAACCAGUUGGGCAUCGCUUUGACAGGGUGGAGGAUUUCUUCAUUCCUCCCAUCAGCCUCACCAUCAAUCACAUCAGGUUUGGCAUCAUCCUCCACAAGAACGAACCAGCUGUUCAUAAGAUCGACUUGGAAACCACCUCCUACAUGAAGAACAUUAGUCUGAAGGAAUACGAUUGUAUACCACAAUCCCUCGCCUACACGCACCUGGGUGGAUACUACUUUGUGAACUGUCGUCCAGACUCAACAGGCGCGGUACGGCCACAAUUAAUCAUCGAUAGUGUAACGGAUAACGUUAUCGGUCCAAAUGGUGAUGUGAGCGGUACACCCUAUGUGUCUCCCGAUGGCCACUAUUUGGUGAGUGUGGAUGACCGUGAUGGGCUAAUGCGUUUGCAGCCCGUGUCCAUGCAGGGCGAGAUUGGCCAACCCUUUGACAUUCACACCAACCUGCACCUAUCCGAUCUGGCCUUCAUGCCCUCGUUCACCGAUGCUAACCAGUAUAAUGUGUUUGGCAGCUCUGGCCAGCAGACAGAUGCUCUUUAUGUGGAGCUCAGCAGUGGUAAUGUCAAGAUGAUUAAGAGUCUGAAGCAGCCCACACCGCCAGCACAGUGGCCUUGGAACCGGCAGAACAGGGUCAUGACCGGCAGUGGGCUGUUCGGACAGUACCUCAUGACACCUUCCCAGAGCUCUCUGUUUAUACUGGAUGGACGACUGGAUAAGCUCAACUGUGAGAUCACUGAUGUUCCCCUGGGAAAUACUGUGGUGUGGGUGGGGGAGGCGUAGGCCAUCUUAAAGGGGCUUGAGUGGGAAACCAACAAACGAACAAACAGGUAGAGUUGCACUGAAUUUGGUCUCUGUUUAAUUCAUUGAGAAAAAUAAAUGUCUUAACGUCAGUUUGAAACAGAUAACAAAAUUGAAUGUUCAAAAACCUGCACUGGAAAAGACUACUUCAUCCAAACGAUUGAUGGGAAAUGCUUAUUUUGCAUGAACUAGCAAGGUUUUGAUUAAAAUUAGCUAAUUAGCAGUCUCUUCGAAAAUAUUUGGUGGGGUCAAACUAGCACUGGUAUCUUUUAUUAAGGAAUUAGGCAAGAAAGACUUCAUUUGAAGAAAUUCUGAAUAGAAGAAUCAAUUAAACUUUUGUUUAAUGCAAGCUUUUAAAAAUAAUAUUUCCUAAUUUCCCAACUAACACUUAAAAUACACAAACAAAUGCAUUUGGCCUACUUUUCCCCAGUGCCUUGAAGAAAUACUCACAAAAAUAUAAAGUAAUGAUUUCCCCUGAGCCUGUAUAUUAAACCCUCCCUGGCUUUUCCACAUGCAGAGUGAUAACAAGAGCUACACUUAAAUUUCACAUGUUUAUACCUGCAGACCUUGAGGCAUAUCUGGCUUAUUAAAAAAACAGCGUCUUGCUGGGAAACUGUCAGUUACUGUGGAGAUUGAAAAGUCAGUAAUGAUGUGUUCGACAAAAGUAAAUCUUAUGAAAAGUUUGGGUGGAAGAAUGACGACAAUGAAAAAUUUGUGAAUUCUUUGUCAAGAACCCCCAGAAAUGUUAAAACCUUUACAACUGACUGAAAAGACAAAUGCUUGGAUCAGUGGAUCAAUGAAAACAUGUCUAUUAUACAAUAUAAAGUGGCACUCAUAAGGACAGUUAUGAUCCUAUUUAAUCUUAGUAAGAAAGAUUGUAGAUUGGGCACAUAAUGAUGUUUUAGUUGACUCAGCAGUCAUGGCCACUGCCACAUAAGAGUCUGCUUUCAGUAACUGGUGCUUUGCGUGGUGUGAUAUUAGACUUAAUUUAUGCAUUGCAAUGGUUAUAUAGUUGGGGGACAUUUAUGAAAAAAUAUUUCAAUGAGAGUUAAAAUGCUUCAAUGCUCACAAUGUUGAAUUAUUUCCUCAAUGAACAGAGUCUAUGCAUUUCCAUUUACACUCCAGCCAAUAGGCUGCAUGGAUUG